AUGCCUCCCAAGUCCGGAAAGAAGACCGCCGCCAUGCCCUACCCCCAGGGCAAGGCUGGCUCGUCCAAGAAGGCCGCUAAGAACCCUCUCAUCGAGAAGCGUUCCCGCAACUUCGGCAUUGGCCAGGAUGUCCAGCCCAAGCGCAACCUCUCCCGCUUCGUCAAGUGGCCCGAGUAUGUUCGCCUGCAGCGCCAGAAGAAGAUUCUGAACAUGCGCCUGAAGGUUCCUCCUUCCAUCGCUCAGUUCCAGAACACUCUGGACCGCAACACCGCUGCUCAGACCUUCAAGCUCCUCGGCAAGUACCGCCCUGAGACCAAGGCUGAGAAGAAGGAGCGUCUCGUCCAGGAGGCCACCGCCGUCUCCGAGGGCAAGAAGAAGGAGGAUGUCUCCAAGAAGCCCUACCACGUCAAGUACGGUCUCAACCACGUUGUUGGUCUCGUUGAGAACAAGAAGGCUUCCCUCGUCCUGAUUGCUCACGACGUUGACCCCAUUGAGCUGGUUGUCUUCCUCCCCGCUCUCUGCCGCAAGAUGGGUGUCCCGUACGCCAUUGUCAAGGGCAAGGCCCGUCUCGGUACCGUUGUCCACAAGAAGACCUCCGCCGUUCUGGCUCUGACUGAGGUUCGCUCCGAGGACAAGGCUGAGUUCUCCAAGCUGCUGUCUGCCAUCAAGGAGGGCUACACCGACAAGUACGAGGAGUCCCGCCGCCACUGGGGUGGUGGUAUCAUGGGCGCCAAGGCCGUCGCCAAGCAGGAGAAGAAGCGCAAGGCUGUGGAGAACGCCAUCAAGGUCUAA